GACAUUAUGGACCAGAAUUUGGCUGCCGAGCAGAACAUCUUCGUGGUCACCCCCAAACCCGAGAAGAUUCGCCCGCAAACGGACGUGGAACGCCUGUCGAAGACGCACUGGCUCAGCGACUAUGCCCGGGAUAUAUUCUUCACCAUGAGGGAGCAGGAACUCCGCCGUCUGCCCAUGUUCUUCCUUUCGAACCAAGUGGAGGAGCGCCCGAAGUGCGUGGAGUUCCUGCAACUGGUGGCCCAAACCCACAAAUUGGGUCGCUGUGCCACGCACUUGGCCGUUUAUUACCUGGAUCGCUUCGAGGACUACUACCAAGUGCGACCGGACAAGCUCUUCCUGGUGGCCCUCACCUGUCUUCAUCUAGCAGCUCAGAUUGAAAACACCGAUGCGUUCAUCCCACGCUAUAGCGAGUUGAACCAGAUGGUUCGAAAUGUCUAUGCCGUAUCCGAAUACAAGGUGGUGGAGAGGACAUUGCUGUGCUUCCUGAACUUCGAGCUAGUGCGUCCCACGACGGCAAGUUUUGUGGAGCUCUUCGCCUGCAGUUUUGUCACCCGCUGCGAUUAUGCGGCCUACAACGAGAUGUUGGAUGAGUGCGAGAGGAGUGAUAAUAUGCUGGCAUAUCGGCGAUAUGAGAGCUUCGAGCAAAUGCUGGGUUUCUUAGCUCAGCUGCUGCUUCGCUUGGCGGACUAUACUUUGAAUAUUGCCAGGUUUACCAGUGAACUGCCCUCCCUUUUGGCCGCGGCCUGCAUUGCUGCUGUUCGGCAGGUCAGCGGUAUGAAGCGCUGGUCGCCUUACCUCACCGAACUGACCUCCUACAGCGAGGACCAUGUAGUGCCCUAUCUGGAUCCCCUAACCGACUAUCUGUACUACCAGAUGAUUCAGCCCAUUUGCGACUAUUCAUCUGCUCAAAGCCAAAACAGCCAGAACUUGGCCAGUCCCGAUUCUGGAUUUGAGGAAUCGCUGGCUGAAAGCACCGAGUUUUUGGUCACCGAUGAAGUGGUCACUGUGGAGGUGGAGACCUACAACAUUAUCACCGUGCAGCUGCAGGACUCUCUGCCCGAAAUACCAGCCAAUCUUAAACGCCCGCGCAGCGAAGACAAUCAAGAAAAUCCCCAGCCUUUGAAACAAGCCAGACUCCAGAAAGAACCCAAAGAUUUGUAGAAAAUCCAAACAGUUUCCAGUUGCCUUAAUAAUUUCUAACGUAGAUAUGACCCCGUUCAAUUUA